GAGACUUUAAUAGGCAUUGUACGUUUUGUGAACAUGACGGCCCCUCCUCCCCUAAAAAGAAGAAGUGAAGGGGGAAAGUCUCUGCAGUCCGACUCCACUCCUGGAAGAAGUGGGGCAGCAGCCGAGGAAAAACACCUAAACCACAUUUUCCUACAACUAAUGGAAGCGAGAUUAUCCAGAAAAGAUCCUAAACUCGUUGUUUUUUAUGCAGGUAAAGCUAAAAAUUAAAUAAGUGGACAUCAAACUACUGCAUGUUUGGAGGAGUUUGUGAUGUAAGAGGUCGCUGCAGAAGAAAGUGUGAUGAAUGAACCCUCCGCGGCGCAUGGAGGAGAGCCUCUCCUGCAGGAGACAUGGGAGUGUGUGAGAGCAGCUCAGGAGGAGAUCCUGCUCUCUCCGUACCUGCCUGCGUCCUGCGCCUUUCUCAUCCACGUCCUCCUCUGCGCACCUUUCCUGGCGCUGGACGCGCUGGGCAGCGUCAGUCUGCGGGUCCGGUCGUGGAGGAUCGCCGCCGGCUCCGGUCCGCCGCCGUCCCUCCGUCAGUGGGGUGACUGCUUUUGGAGGGUGCUGUCCAGAUACCUGGGCACCGUCCUCCCCGCCACCGCCGUGUUCCAGACCCUGAGGAGCCCCACGGUGCCGGAGCUGGCUCCGUCCUGCUGGCAGCUCUUCGUGGAGGUCUUUGCGUGCUGUCUGCUUUUUGACACGCUCUUCUUCAUCUGGCACCUCUCCAUGCACAGGGUCCCCUGGCUGUACAGAAACAUCCACCAGCCACACCACCACCACCACAUACCUUUCGCUCUGGCAGCUCAGGACAGCAGCUCGGCCGAGCUCCUGUCUCUGCUGCUGCUGGCUCUGAGUAGCGCCUGGGUACUGGGCUGCCACCCUCUGAGCGAAGUCUUCUUCCACCUCAUCAACACCUGGCUGGCAGUGGAGGACCACUGUGGCUACGACAUGCCCUGGUCUCUGCGCAGACUGCUGCCCUGUCUGGGAGGAGCGCCCCACCACCAAGCCCACCACAGUGUCAACAGUGGCAACUACGCCCCCUACUUCACCCACUGGGACCACCUCUUUGGCACACACCUGUCAUAAGAUGAGUUUGGGUCAAGAGUGAUAAGCACCGUGGGGAAUUUGUCUGAACGUGACUAAGGCACAUUGAUUGGAUUGAGAUCUGUGAUCGCACAAAGUGCACAAAGUUUAAAACAAAUCAAAUACUGUCUUGCUGAACUUUAAGGGAUCAAGAGAUUGUCAGAUUUGUCAUAUUUUAAAUCAAUCCAUCCAUCCAUUAUGCAUACCGCUUUUCCUAUUUGGGGUCGCGGUGGGCUGGAGCCGACCCCAGCUGUCUUUGGGCAAGAGGCGGGGUUACACCCUGGACUGUUCAUUAGCCAAUCACAGGGCUGACAUUGACAAGCAUGUCUUUGGACUG